AAGAAUUAUGGGUAGGAUACUUCGGUUUUUAACAGUAUUUGAAGAGAUUUAUUUCUUUUCGUUGCCAUGGAAGAUAUGGAGUGAAGUUUCUUCUGAUGCAUGAGUCUCUCGUUGCGAAGAAUGCAGAACGUUUUAAAAAACGCGCCACAAGUAUUACCCAUAUAAUGAAUCAUGACGUAAGCAAAUAUCAACUGUCAUGUGCGAAAGAUAGUCGCAGAGGAGUUUCGUUUUAAUUCCUACGAAUUGCGUCUGAUUAAGUGUGAUAAUUUGUUGCUUGGUUGUUCAGAAAUACGAUUUCAUUGCACGGAAAGGAAAAUAAUAGUGAUUUUAAGGUUAACGCGAAGAAAGAGCACGAUCGUUUCUUCAUUCGCGCCACCUCAGUGACAAAGCAAUCAUGUCUAUUCUAUAUACCGUGGUAGCUAGAGGAACAACGGUGCUUUCAGAAUAUGCUUCUUGCGUUGGGAACUUUCACGAGGUGACAGAAAAUGUUCUGCUGCAAAUACCACCUGAAAAUAAUAAGCUGACAUAUACGCAAAACAAUUUCCUUUUUCAUUACAUCUGCGAAGAUGGCUAUGUUUUUAUGUGUGUCACAGAUAGUGAGUAUCAAAGGUCCAGAGCAUUUUUGUACCUUACAGAAAUUCAAAGAAGGUUUUUGUCUGCCUAUGGCCAAGAUGUACAUACCGCAGUACCAUAUGCGAUAAAUACUGAUUUUGGUAGAACUUUAGCUAGUACAAUGAAACAUUACAACGACUCCAACCAAGAUAUUGAAACGCUAGCUACUGUUCUUAGCGACUUCGACGAAUUAAAAGACAUAAUGGGCAAAAAUAUCGAUAGCGUUGCAGCGCGCGGAGUGAAAUUAGAUCUCCUCGUGAAUAAGACUGAAAAUUUAUCCGUCAAUUCGUAUACGUUUAGAAAUAGGAGCAGAAAUUUGUCUCGCUCGAUGUUCUGGAAGAACGUUAAAAUCUACGUGAUUGUUGCCGUCAUCUUGAUUGUUGUGAUAUACAUUAUUGUAUCCUUAUCUUGCGGAGGCUUGGCUUGGCCAAAAUGCGUCGGAAAUUAAUUCAUCGCGAAGACCUAAUCGCGCUAUUGAAAUCGUACUUGAAAGAAACGAAAAGGCACACAUGGUGCGGAUCUUGUUUCUUGGUUCGCUGUGUACACGAUGAACUAAUAGUGUUCAGUUCUGUGGCUUUACCAAAACAAACAUAAUAUAGGAAUAAAGAAACAAUACAAUUAGGAGAAUGGAUACAUAUAAAUAUGUAUAACUAUUACAUUAUUUU